CUAUAUUUGCCCUCGGCCUCUGUGAUAAGUUUUCUAUUGAACAUAUCCUGCGUACAUAAUAACAACGUCCUCCGCUGGCUCCUAGACACUUAAUUACACCGACAAGAAAAUAUUGCAUUCGGAGAUAAGUUUAUAGCACUUUGGAUAAACAGUAGAUCGAAUUGACCGGUCAAAUACUGGGCCCAUUGGAAUAUACUGUGUAGAAUACAAUGGAUAAGUCGUCUUAGAAAUCGUGCACUGUGUUUCAAGUGUACACAAAUUGGAUUAUUACUCUAUAGCAAGUGCAUUUUACCUGGAGAGCUUCAACAUGCACAGGUGAAUUCUCAGUUAGCUUGAAAUGGCGUCGACGUUAUUUCGUGCUUCAUAAGCCUCUGGGUAGUCUCCCCGGAUACUUCGCACUCGAUUAUUACGAAGAUGAGACGUGUCGUCGUAAGACAGGCAGCAUCGACUUGGAACUGACGGAGCAGAUCAUCUCCUCGCUUGACUCCUCUCAUUAUGCUCAUCUCUUUGCAAUAAAGACGAAAUUCAAGAAGAAGGAUCGUACAUAUUACUUGGCGGUGGAUUCGGAGAAUGAGAUGAACAAGUGGGUCGAGUGUCUCUGCCAAGUUUGUGGACUCAAACCAGAAGACGUGCCUGAUGCGGACCAACCAGCGGCGCCACCUGUGGACUCUGUAGACGGGUCUGUUGACGUCCGCACGGUCCAACCACACACAGGAAUGGGGGCACAACAACCAGAAACACCUUCAAGCAUAGCUGAACAAAAUCAUGCCGGAUCAUACGUCAGGCUGGAUGUUUGCGUGAGCACUAAAAAUGAUCCAGCACCGGUAUCGUCACCGGAAUUCGACCGUCAGAGUGUAGACAGUAUUCCAGACACACCACCGCCACCGAUUCCCUUACCUGUUGAUCCAUCACCAACCACGGAUAACGCUUUCACUUUUGAGCCGAAUUUAUAUAGCGUGCCGCCACGCCGGCCGGAUAUACCCGUAUCUGAAGGCCCGCAAGAUUGGUAUGAUGUCCCACCGCCCCAAAGUGCAGUGUUCUCAUCGAACCUACGACGGGAUUCCACGUCAUCGAGUGCUAAGAGAGACAGUUCUGUACGUGGCUCAACCCAGAGCACUUUAUCUGAGCAGUCUUCAAUGUCGGGACCGAACGAGAUAUACGACGUACCGCCGACCCGCUAUCAGUUGGACGAAGUAGCAAAAAAAACAAGCGAAGUCAGGUUAUCGGCACCAGAGGAUAUGUAUGAUUAUCCGCCUUCGCGGAUUGACAAUUCUGAGCCGAUGGCGCCAGUCAUCCCUGACGCACCUCCUCGACCGCCAAGACCUGCUCCGGGCAAACCGGCGCAGAUAGAGACAAGAUUGGCUUACCAGAAUGUGCCUCCAAAUAGCAUGGCGCAUCCGGCAAACAGAAAGCCGGAUUUAACUGAAUUUAAACAAAGAUCGUUUGAUGAUAUUUACGACUUUCCAAAACCGCAACCGAAUAACGGUUGUUUAUCAAUGUCGCCACCGCCAGGGAAUGUUACGUCGAAUGUGACGACUCAUAAUUAUAUUAACGCUUCCACCACGGUCGAUAAUGAUGACGAUGAUGCGUUUGCCCCGGCUGACAAUAGUAACAAUAAUACCAAAUUAGGCAAUGACUUAUUCUCUGUUGUACCGACAACGAAUCGAAAUGGUGACUUACACUUACAGGCUCUUAGAGACUCGGCCGUUAAUGAUAAUAUUUACCAGAUACCGCCGUCGAAUGCGCCGAUUACGAGCGCACGGCCUCAGGUCACGACACGAGCGACGCCUACCAAAAAACCAGCCGCCAAGGGUAGGUCCUACUCCGUCGGUACUCUUCCCGAGGAUACUUACGCCAUCUACCCGACCGCACGGACACGAAGCUUUAAGAAGGAACGAGUGCCGACGCCACCUAUGAACAGGUCGACGAAGACGCAGGCGGCCAUCAGUGAGAUCGGUAUUCCUACUCCGACACGUAUCGGCAGUGAUGACUCUUCCAGUUCAGAUGACGACGACUCUUUGUCGGAACAGUUGAUAGCCAAGGCUAGCCGGCGUUCCCAUGCUAACAGCCUCACCCUCCCCUACAAUCACAAACCGCCACAACAGAAAAAAGAGAUCCAGUAUCUUGACCUUGACCUCAGCGGACCUAAGGGCAGUGGUGAUGAAAUCCAGUACCUUGACCUCGACCUUCAAGCGACCCCGGAGAAGAAGGUCAUCAAAAGGUCGCCGAAACUGUCAAAACCUGUAACUGCUGGGAACGUCUCGCCGACGGAAUAUAAGGAGAUAGACUUUCUUAAGACGCACGCGCUGAAUGAGACGAGAAAAACUCUGGAAAGUGAGCAUAAGCGGAAAAACAGCGAUGCUGUUGCACCCAUAUGACUGCCACGUUAGGCCACAGCAAUAUAAUUCAUUGGAUAGCGGGCCGCUGAACCAAACCCUAAGGGGGCAGGCAAAUUAUAUACAAAAGAGCACCCUUGACUCUCUUACAAUCAAAUCUCAUUGCCAGCUAUUCACCUAUGUGCCUUCAAGUUCUAUGAAAAACUGAAGAAAUUAUCCUUUUGCCCUCAGUUCCAAAUUUCCUAUUUCCAUCCUUUACCCAAGAAUAGUUUCCCUGAUCACCGCUAUCUAAUAUAUUAUAUUGGUGUGGCCUUAAGGCCCGUCUCCACUUAAAUAUAUAUAUCGCUGCUAUUUGCGAACAGGCCACAAGCAUUCACACCAACAACAAGUUCUGUGCUUUUCUCUGCCUAAAUACAGUUUCAUUUGACAAGAGGAAUGGAAGUUUUUUGCCUCUUCUCAACUGUGCGGAACUUUGAAUUGAUGAAUAGUUAUGUGGAGAUGGACCUUUAGGGAAUCACUUUACAGCUUCCCGACAACUUUGAACAUUCUGAAACCCUAAAUGCGCCCUUCUACCCACAGACAAAUCAGUGUAAAUUAAGGACUUAUUCAGAAAUUCCUGGAUCGCGAUUCUAGGUCAAAAGUUUUUCCACGGUUUACACCGGUUGUCUGAAGGUGGAAUGGCAUAAGGGGGUUUUAAACCAUGUGAACCUGAUUACUCAAAGGGUACUGUACCAGUUUGUCAGGAUCCUGUUGUCAAUAAUCAGGGUUCCUCAUGCUCUCCAGACCAUCAGCGCGGCAGAUUUAUAGAUCAAAUGAGAAAAGUGUAAUCAUGUUUUUUUCUUGCCACAGUCUUCAUUCUGUCUUCCCUCUUGAAAUAUCUUGUCUUCAUCAAUUUGCUGAGUGGCCUUUAUCUAAGUAAAAAUUGGUAUUCAAGUUCAAAUAAGUCAGAAUGUGCUCAUUAAAAGCUUUCCAAUGAAUGGUCAUGUCAGUAAGCUCUGACAAGUCGUAAUUUUCGAGUAAUUUUCUCUGCCAUGGCAAUUGUUCAGAUGUUUUUAGAAUUAAUUCUACAUGCCAAGAAGCGUGUGCUAUAUAUAGGAUAUGUUGCUAUGAUGUUUUAUUAGAACAUAAUGUCAAAGAAAUAUUCCUUAGAAUGGUAAUUUUCCUCGAAUUUUUAAGAUAUUUCUUGGGAUUUGGUAGAUUUAGAUGACAGUUUGCCUGGUUCUUUGGGUGAGCAAACUUUUGAAGUACAGAGUGUAUCAAUGAGAAUGAUACGUAAUUGGAUAGGCCUAUCAAUAAUGACCAAGUGACCUACCCGAGGUUGUCAUCGGAGGUGCUGAUACGAACACAAUGUAUAGUAGUUUAUUCAGAGGAUUCAACUUCCAUUUAACAAAUACAUCGAAAGUUUGUAUAAAGUGACUUUACGUAAUUGAAUAAUUAUUUUUACAUAUUUAGUUGGACAUUGGUGUGCAAUACCAGGUAUAAAGUGGACAUACAUUGCAGCCAUUUGAUUCGUAAUUAUUAAUGUGUGACCCGCCCUAGAUAGUGGUUCACAUACUUGCUGUGCUGGUUGUUGCAUAGUUCCUUUAAAUAUUUGCAAUGGGCUUGGCCAGUGUGUUAUGUUAAUCCCAGUUGGAAUGCUGGAGGUAAUUUGUGCUUUGUGUACAUACAGUGAAAUUCAGAUUUCUAAUAUAAUUAUAAAUGCUUAAUGAGUGGACUACUUUAUGAUGUCAUAGGGGAAUUGUCAAAUUGCUCGGUAGUUACCUGUGUUACGCCAAAUCUGCAAAACUCUUUGAAGAAAGUAAAACUAAGAUGUUUCGGUUUUGCUACACCCUGUAUGAAACGAGGGCAUAUAUCAGGGGAAGUGAUUGUUUAUUUCCUCAAUGGCUACUAUUUUUCUAGGUUCAAGAUAUUGGCAUGUUCUUUUGCAAUUGAAAUUAAUGACAGAAGAGUUUACUUUAACACGUAUAAUACUCAAGUAAAUGUCCAAAAUUAACAGAUUUUAAAGAAUAUUUUAGAUUUUUAAUGGGUCGUCUGUAUAAAUCUUAUGCUUACCUCUAAUUUUCAUAGUUACACUCUUUCUGUUUAUGUGAUCUACCCUGUCCAGAGGGUAGAGAAUUUUUAUUGACCGCUGCAUUAUGAUGUGUUCAUAUGGAUACUACAUGUAUGCAUGUAGCAAGCUAUUCAGCAAGAGUGUAGCUAUGCUAUCUUGAAGGUCCUUGUAAACACUUCUCUGAGCCCACCGACCAUCAGAUUUUAUGAUCAGCAGUUCAUAUUGAAAAAUUAGGGAUCGUUCAACAUUUUCACCAGAGUACAGAUUCAUGUGACCACAAGCCCCUGGCUGUGCUAUUUCUCAGACCCCCUCCCUCCCCAGUAAGAGUAAAAUGUGGAUUUCUACAAUAUAUUUUCACUUAUGUACUGAAGAAUACAGCACCUGCCACCUACCCCCCCCCCCCCAAACCCCACACCCUUUAUGUAUAGUCUUUGUCUUUGUCCUCUUCUGCCAAUGUUGAAAAUGCUGAACCUCCCCUUCUAGGAAAGUGUGCCAUUUUUGGCAAAAGGUGCAACUUCUAUUUAUGAUUCAAACGAUUUACUAUACAUGUAUAUAUACUAUAUCUAUAUAUGAUAUCACCCCAGAGAUGUACAUGAAGUUUGUUAUCCAACAUGGUGGCUACUCAGCAUGGUGAAAGAGCAGUUAGCAGGGGGGGGGGGCUAUAUCAAGGCGUUAUGGUGUUUUUGACCUUUUAGUUGAAAUUUAUACAUCGGUUAAAACCAAUCCCUCUGCUGGGGUAAUUUCUAAUACCUGUUCUUGGCUACGACAACCUUAAAUGUCUGCAUACGUAUAUAUAUAUAUGACGUUACGAUACAAUGCAGGUGAGUGCAUGACGUGAUGCAUUGCAUUGCCAGGUUUUUCAUGCACUGGAGGGAAAUAUCAGUCCAUGAUAUGUCUGACAAAGGCUUUUUACCCAUCAUACACUGCAAGGAUGUAACGCCAUGCAUUCUGUAAUGCAUCGUAGUACAUUACGUCAUCACAUCAUCAAACCAGCGUAUAGUCUGCCAUAGUGAAGUGGUUAAAUAGAUAGAUAGAUAGAUAUCACAAUUUAAAUUGAAUGCCAAUUGUAUUCUAAUUAGCGAACAGUGUCCAAAAAGAUAAUUUUGUGGCACACGCUUGAGUUCCCCCCAAUACGACUGUGCAUUGACGCUUCUUCCUGCUGCCUGUUCACCAUGUUAUGAUGCUAGAUGGCAAAGAACAAUUAUCCAGGGUGACGAUACUAUAAUGAUUGCUGUUGUUUCGACAUUUUGAAGCACGACUCAAAAUAAUAAUGAUAAUGAUAUUUUUAUGAGUGAAUGUGUAAUAUAUUACCUUUGUCAUGAAAGGCAAAUAAACAUUGCAUGAAGAUUUUA